AUGGCACUUGCAAGCCUUUUCUGGGUUCUGGCCAUUGCGGCAGUAGGCCAAGCAGCAAAAACGGGACAAGUGCAAGGCCACUCUAGCAGCUGUGCGUUUCACACGAUGGAUGGCGUCGCCGCUGAAAGCGAAGGUGUGCGCUUCAUCCGGCUGCGCGAAGACGCCCAGGUGGGCAAGGAGAUACUCCGUCUGCAGGCCUUUCCACGCUCCACAGCCUCCCUGAAGGGGGCGGAUGCCAGUGGGGAUCACAAGUACUUUAAUCUGACGGAAUACAACUCCACCAUGUUGGUGGUCACGCUGGCCAGAUCCCUGGAGAGGCUAGUUGAUCGAGAUGUGCCCAGGAACCUGCUCAAAUUUCGGAUACUCUGCGCUGGCAAGCAGGAGAAGAUCGAGGAGGGUAGCUACCUGUCCAUCACUGUGUACAUCGAGGAUGUAAACGACAAUGCUCCCGAAUUUCUCAAUGUGCCUUACGUGGUCGAUGUGGAUGAGAAUACCUCCAUUGAGAGCAUUAUCUUUGAGGGUGUCCAGGCCUUUGAUCGCGACAAGCCAAAUACUCCCAAUUCCGAGGUGCACUUUAGCAUGUCCACGGUGCCGGAGCAACUAUCGGCGGAUGGCAGUCCUUACUUCGCCUUGAAGAGUCCCCAUCGACCGCUGUUAAUCCUCAAGCGAGAAUUGGACUUUGACAAUGGCAUUCGGCAGUUUAAGCUGCCCAUCUUUGCCUGGGAUCGAGGCACUCCCGCUAACCAAGCUAAUACCACCAUAACUAUCAAUGUACGGGAUGUGGAUGACUUGCCGCCCAAGUUCACCGAGGGAGUGUAUCGAACUCGCCUCAAUGAGUUCUAUCCGAUGACAGGAGUUCCCAUCAGAAUACCCCUAUACUUUGCCCCUCCCAUUAUGGCCUUUGAUCAGGACUCGCUGAAUGCCUCGCUUGUGUAUGACAUUAUCUCCGGCAAUGAGAGACAGCUAUUCCGGGUCAAUCCCCACAAUGGAGUGAUGUAUCUGCAGAAGGAAAUCGAUUUGGAGGAGGAGAGUCUGCCGGGCAACACAUUCGUUCUGCAGUUGGAGGCGCCAAAAGAUAAUCCCCUCAAGAAGGCCUUAGCUCGCAUCGAAGUGGAAGUUCUGGAUCUGAAUGACAAUGUUCCCGAGUUUGAGGCUGAUUUCUAUAACAUUUCCAUUGUGGAGAAUCUGCCCACGGGCUUCAGUGUGCUCCAGGUGAAUGCCGUGGAUCGUGAUCAGGGCGAGAACUCCGAGUUCCUGUACAAUUUGGUGGAAACUAAAGAUGCAGCGGGUGCUUUCCGCAUCGAUUCCCGUACGGGUUGGAUUACUGUGCGAGAUGAUCGCUUGCUAGAUCGCGAGCAGCGUAGAUCCAUCCAAUUAAACGUGGAGGCACUGGAAAGGAAUCCCUCCUAUUUGGAUGACAAGCAUUUAAAGGUGCCGGGUCCCAGUAAGGUGCAAGUGGAGAUCACUUUGCUGGACACCAACGAUAAUACUCCAAAGUUCGAGCAUGGCAAUCUGUAUGAGUUCAAGGUGCCCAUCACAGCUCCCACGGGUUAUGUGAUUGGUCAGGUGGCAGCCAACGAUCCGGAUGAGGGUCCCAAUGGCAAGCUCCUUUAUGAGUUGCAGCGCCCCAAGGGCAGUGGUUAUAUCCCCUUCCGACUGGACAACAAGAAUGGAACUAUUUAUGUGGGCGGACCUCUGAGAAGAGGACGCAUUGCCGUGUUUGUGGAGGCCAGCGAUCAGCCCACUAAUCCCUCGGAGAGAAGAUUCUCGCUGGCGGUGAUUACCAUUGAAGUGUUUGCCACCAUUGAUGACCAGGCCAUUGACUUUGUGGGAGCUCCCUAUGAAUUCUGGGUGGGAGCCAAUACACCUCUGGGCACUUCAGUGGGUCAAGUUCGCACCACUUUGAUCUAUGAUGGUGAGGACGAGAUCAUGUACGAUCUUCUGCACACUUACUCCGAAGGAGUGCCCUUCGCCAUCGAAGAGAGAUCCGGCAUUAUCACUGUGAUCCGAGAGCUGUCAGAGUUCAAGCGGAAGGUCUACCAGUUCGAGGCUGUGGCCAAUUACCUCUUUGCCAACUCAUCGCAGUCGCUGAUCAUGUCGCGAAGCUCAUCUCCGUUGACCACCAUUGCCUCCCCGGCUGAACUCAGUGACGAAGGUGUGCUCAUCACCAAUCUGACCAUCCGGAUUGUUAACAAACCGGAGCAGAAGGUGCCACUAAGACCUGUCAUAGAGGAGAUCAACAUGAAUGUGAUCAAUUUCCAUGUGGAAGAGAAUGUAGUCGGUGGCAUCAUUGGCCAAUUGCUGUACAAAAACGGUCUAAAUUUGGUGAACAAUGAACUGGGCAGCUUCCGGGAAAUGCCUGCCUCUGAGGGAACAACCUCAAGAAAUCUCACCAUGGGCAGCAGAUUCCGCAGUCGGAACCGGAGUCGCAGCUCCAAGUCGAAGAGGAGGCUUCCCAGACGCCUGGCUGGGGACACAAACCUGAAGCUCCGCUACAUCAUUGCCAAUCAGCAGGAGGUGGUCAACAAGAUCUCCAUCACCGAGGAUGGAACUCUGCUCACUCUGAUUGGUCUCGACCGAGAGCAGCAGGCAAACUAUGAGCUGACAGUGAUUGUGGAAUACAGCACGGGUCUGGUGAGUGGAGCUGGAAUCUACCAGGUGAACAUCAAAGUGGAUGAUGUCAACGAUAAUGCUCCCAAGUUUAAUGCUCUCACCUAUGUGGGUCUGAUUAACGAGAAUUGCGCUGUGGGCACUGAACUAUCCAUGAACCAUGCGAUCCUUAUACAGGAUGCCGACGAGGGUGUCAAUGCGGAGUUUAGAGUGCAACUGCAAGGUGACUACAGUGAGGAAUUCACCAUCGAGUUUGUGAAUAGCAGCUCAGCUCUGGCAGGCAAUGUGAGCCAUCACAAAAUGGCAUCCACCACGGGAGCUUUUAAUAUCUUCAAUCUCACGGAUCAGUGGAAUGAUGAGUUCAAGUACCAGGAGCUACACACCACCUUCAUGCAGACGAACUUUAAGUUGAGUUCGGGACCAUAUUUCCGGAUUUCCUACACCGGCAAGCGGGGCCUGGAUCGGGAGAAGCAGCAGUUGUACAACCUGAAGAUCAUAGCCGCUGACAGUGGUGGCCUCUCAGGAUAUGCUCAUCUCACUAUCCUAGUGGCAGACGUCAACGACAAUCCACCGAUGUUUGAACGCAUCUCAGUGUUCAAGGACUCGCGUUUGGAGAUUCGCGAGUAUACCACCGAUAUGGAGAUCUAUUUUGUGGAGAGCUCAAGUGGAUUGGCAGCUCCGCAGGCCACAGCUGCCAUGAUGCUGGCACCGCCACCAUAUCACAUUCCCGGAUCCCCAAGACUGCAUCCGGAGCAUCGAGAGCGAAGUGUGGCAUUGGGUGUGGUGGCCAGAGCCAAGUCACGUCGCCGAAUGGUUCGUGCGGCGACCAUAAAGUGUCCUUUGUUUGCCAUCUACGAGGACACUCCCGUGGGAACUAAGCUCCUCCAGCUGAGUGCCAGCGACGAAGACUUUGGCAAGAAUGCUCAGCUCCACUACGAGGUGCGAGGAGAGCAGGUGGAGAAAACACCGGGAAUGCCACUGUUGCGUGUUCAGGGAGUGCGAUACUUUGGCAUCGAUAAACUCACCGGCGAAGUCUCUGUUAACUAUCCGCUUGCAGCGAAUAUAGAAAUAUGGCUGAACCUGACAGUCACCGAUAUUGAUGGUCUAAAGGACUCAACCUGCCUUCGAUUCACCGUAAUGGAUGUGAAUAAUCACGCGCCGACCUUUAAGAAAUCCUGGUACAGCUUCGAUACCCCAGAAGGGGAGUACAAGGACAGUGUCCUGGGUCAACUGAUGGCCAUUGAUAUGGACUUUGGUGAGAAUGCCAAUAUCACGUAUACGCUCAGUGACCUGCAGCUGCCAUUUAGCAUAAAGCCCGCUUCCGGUGUGCUGAAAAUCACCGGGCAGCUGGACAGAGAGUUGAAGGAUAAGUUUAACUUCCAGGUGAUAGCCACUGAUAAUGCUCCGGUGAUGCAGCGGAUGUCCAGCAGUGUGGACGUGGAGGUAAAUGUGCUGGACAUCAACGACAAUCGUCCAGAGUUCAUUGGCUACGACGAUCAGACCAAGGCCGUGAAAUAUAUACCCAAUGUGGCGGAUCGAACAAUGAUGUUGCCGGUGUACAAGGCAUAUUUGGACAGGGGCACCCAACCGGGCACCUUUGUGAGGCAACUCACGGCCAUAGACAAGGAUAAUGUGGGCAAUGGCAAUGGCUUGGUCCUGUACUCCAUUCGGCAUCAGGAAAUGCAGGCUCCCCUGUUCCAGAUCGACUCGAGAGAUGGUACCAUCUCCACGGUGUCUCGAAUCAAUGGCUACAAUGAUUAUGAGCACUUGAAUGUCUCGGUUAUAGCCUCGGAUGUAGGUAGUCCCGCUUUAUCGGCCACAGCUGUGGUGAUCGUUAACCUGCAGGGUCAGGCAGUCACAGAUCCACCCAAGCCAACUCCGAAACCCGAACCUCCGGUAAAUGUGACCAUCUUCCAGCAUGCCUACUAUGAGGUCAAGCUCGUGGAGAACAACGAAGCCCCCAUUGAGGUGAUGCGACUCAAUCUGAGUGCUGGCCUUAAUCCCGAGAACUAUCGCUGGUCCCUGUGGCUGGAGGAGGGUCUGGAUGAAACGGAUGCCCAUCCGCCCUUCGAGUACGAUGCCAAGAAUAUGCUUUUGUAUGCCUUGAAACCCUUCGACAGGGAGCACAUAGCCCGCUAUCAACUACGGAUUCGAGCAGAUCGUUUAAGCCGAGAGGCGAGGAACUUUGCCCGGGUCUCCUAUCCAGUGGUGGAUGAGCGGAUCGAGGGUCUUUCGCCCAAUGAGUGCCGCAUCUUGGUCCACAUUUCAGAUGAAAACGAUAAUGCACCCAAGUUUCGGGGAAAUGGACAGCCAAUUGUGGCUGUUCUGCCACAGAGUGCCAGCUUUGGCUACCCCGUGACCCGGGUUGUGGCCACCGACUUGGAUGAGGGUCUCAAUGCCGAGAUCCGAUAUCGUUUGCUCAAUGAACCCACUCGCCUCUUUGGCAUCGAUGAAGUGUCGGGUAAUAUUCGCCUCUUGGGCGAUCUACCCCGCGAUGAACCCAUCUACGGCUUCGAUGUGAAGGCCACGGAUCGCAGCGGCUCCGAUGAUGGACGCAGUGGCAUUGUCAACGUUUUCGUGUACAUCAUCGAUGAGGCCAAGCAGGUGCGCCUGGUGGUGGCCGGAGUGCCAGUGGAUGUGGAACGCCGCAUUGAUGGCCUGAUGGAGGCGCUAAGUGAUGCCAUUGGAAAGGAUGUGCGAGUGAGACUACUGGAACCAUAUUCCGGAGGACUAGAGGCUGCCACCAAUGCCUAUAUCUAUGCCGUCGAUCCGCACACGAAUUCCAUUAUGGAAAUGGAGCAACUCCAGGACUCCCUGGCUGGCCUCCAACUGGAUGCACUGCAGCUGCAACAGCAGAAACUGGACGGUUCCAAGCCGAUGCCCCGAAUCAUUGAGCUGGCUGAGUUUGGACAAUCGCCGAGACCCACGCACGCCUCCGCAGCUAGUUUCAUGGGUGGACUAGAAUUUGUGACGGUGGUCCUACUGGCUCUGGUCACUUUGGGGGCAUUGAUAGCCGCCUGCUGUUACCUGUGUCUGCGCCAGAAACGCCGCCUUUGGUCUCAGCGUGAUUUCUCUGCCUCGGAUGCCGGUCUCACCUAUACCAUCGCUGACAUUGGAUCCAGUCGUGGUCAGAAGCAACGCCGCCAGCGGCAACAGCGUCAUACACAACGUUGCAGCAAGGGCAGCAGUACCGGGAGCCAGCGACCCACCAGCGCCUUCAUGCCGGAGUCUGUGUGCUCUUCGGCGCAGACUCAGUCCACGGCUACGGCCACCGAGAAGCUGGAGCAGCAGUUGCAUCAUCAUCAUCAGCAACAGGCAUUGGCCACGCAACAGCAACACCAUCAGUACCUGAACGAGUGACAACAGCAGCAGCAGCAGCGGGAAUACAUCGAUGUGCCACUGCCCAAGUCCAUUGCCAAGGCUGCAGCCGGUGGAGCAGGAGGAGUCUCCGGUGAUGGCUCCGUGGGCGUUGGAGGCACUCCAUUUGUGCUCAAGUACAACGCCUGUCAGCCGGUGACCAAUUUGAAUAAUUACGAGACCUCGUUGUUUUCGCUGCACUCGACGGGUCAGGACUCUGGUGUGGAGUUCCUGAGCAGUCGGGAGCUAUACGAGACCUCGCCGGACUCCUUUCAGCACAGUGGCUCUAAGCGUAGUAAAAAUCCAGAGGUACUGUGUCCCAGACAUGCCAAGGCUCACCUGGAGUUACGCCAACAUCCGCCCAACACAGACAGCAGUGACACCUACGAGGACUCACUGAAGACCGAUGAGCCCUUGGUGGCUCACAAUUGUCGCGAGCAUCGACAGCAUCCACAGAGUCACCAUCCGCAUUACCAGAACACGCGCUUCGAGAAGCGUUCCUGCGUGCGGCACUCCUUCUCCGGGGUCAAGGACGACCUCAUGCAGCACUCACCGCAGAUAUCGCUGCGUCCCCGAGGCCAUGCCCUCCGCAACUCCAUGAACGACCUGGAGCAGAGGCUGCACAACCUGGAGCAGUCAUUUCGCCGGCCGCUUGAAUUUAGCAAAUCAAACUCGUUGUUUUAG